GUUGAAAGCUAAAUUUAGAAAGUAAAAUUUUUAAUAAUUUUAGUAAUUUUUUUGAUAAAUUAUACAACAAUUUAUCAUUUAAAAAAAAAAUCUUCAAUUUUUUUUUAAACUAAAUUUUAUAGUAAGUUAUCAACUUACUUUCCCCCCAAAUUUCCAUAAAACGCAAAACUGGCAAAACUCGUGAACUCGGUGUCCACUUAUGCCAUGGACAGUGGUCGACACGAUCGAGAUUCAGAUUUAGGAGACGAUUCACCCAUGUCACACACAGACGAACACUCGGACCGCGAAGAAGAAGAAAUCCGGGACUGCGACUCGAGUGACGAAGGCGUUAAUGUAAAUCCUAGCAAUACAUUGACAACGGGAAUGGAUUUUGGCAGAAGUCCAGAACAUAUUUCAGAUAUGAGUCAUCCAUCACCGUUUGCACAAAAUCACCCACUAAACUUGCUAAAUAAUUUGACAGCGCUCGGAAUGAGUGCGCAACACUUGCAAAAUUUGCCACACAGCGACGUCUUGGAGAAACUGAAGAUGCAAGUGCGUGAUAUGAAAGUCGGUUUAAUGGAUCCGGACUUUUCGUCGUUGCAUGCGGCAGCUGCUGCCAAUUAUGGGGCUAUGAAUGCCGCCAAUUUCGCACAAAAUAUGGCACAUACUCCGAAUGGGUUUGCCUUCCAGUCGCCCACUUCCGGAAAUAAAGAUGGCAAUCCGGCAUCAAAUUCAUCCGCAUCGAGCGAAGGCUCUAAUUCAUCGCAACAGAACAACGGCUGGAGCUUUGAAGAGCAGUUCAAGCAAGUCCGACAACUCUACGAGAUAAAUGACGAUCCAAAACGAAAAGAAUUCCUGGAUGAUUUAUUCCAAUUUAUGCAAAAAAGAGGAUCCCCCAUCAACCGCUUACCGAUCAUGGCAAAAUCCGUGCUCGAUCUCUACGAAUUGUACAACCUCGUUAUCGCACGUGGCGGUCUCGUCGACGUCAUCAACAAAAAACUCUGGCAAGAAAUCAUCAAAGGACUCCAUUUACCGAGCAGCAUCACUAGCGCAGCAUUCACCCUUCGAACGCAAUAUAUGAAGUAUUUGUACCCAUAUGAGUGUGAAAAGAAGAAUUUGAGUACGCCAUCUGAGUUGCAAGCUGCCAUCGAUGGAAAUCGUCGUGAAGGUCGUCGAUCCAGUUAUGGGGCUUUUGGGGAUGGUUCCAUGCCAACACAACUUCAAAUGCAAUCACAAAUGCAACGAAGCCCAAUCCCAAAUCUCUCACAAAUGUCACCGUUGUCGUUAGUUACUCACAAUCAGCACACCGCUAACUUGAUGGGAGCCCCGCAUGUCCCACAAGACUUUGAGAAACGCAUGAUCGACUAUAUCAAGUUGUUCCAAUCGCCAAAAGAGCCAAAACGUUCCCAAAGUCCCGAUCCAAUCAAUAGAGAAGCAAUUAAUGCUCUUGAAAUGUCACGUUUGGCAUUAUGGAACAUGUACAACAAUAAUUUGCAUCCAAGUCCACCGAAUUCACAAAACUCUAGUCCGUUAGAGCAUCAAAAGCGUUCUUUGUACAACAGAGAUCAUUUAUCGGAUUCGCCACCCCCAUCGCAUCAUCAUCCGGCUAUCAAGCGUGAACGUGAUUCAUUUACCGACUUUUCGGACAAUCGUGAACGUGAUUUCUCGUAUCCGCCAGAGAAGAAGCAACGUGCGCCUUCGACACCGACUCGCGGAGGACAAAAUCAUCACUUGGAUACGUCCGUGGAGGAACGUUCUGAGACUCCAGUUCACGAAAAUGGAACAGAUUUGACGAAACCCAUGUCGAAAUUGAGUUCGGAGGCGAAGAAUGGACUCGACCAAGGGAUGCCAUUGUUGAAUGGAAUGCAGUUCAAAAUCAUUAGUAGAGGAAACGCAUCAUCUGGCGAACAACAACUCGUUGUCACAAUGGAAGUAAAUGGCGUGCAGUACGAAGGCGUUCUCUUCGCCAACCAACAAUCAUCGCAGGAGCAUCCCAUGACAACGACAGCCAACAAAAUGAACACGACACUUAACACGACAGUUAAUUCAACCACGAGCAGCAUCGAUGAACGAAGCGUCGCUCGUCCCCUUAUCUCAUCAUAAAUCACAAAAUUUUGAAUCUCUAGUUAAUUUCAUUACAAAAAAAUAUGUUUCAAAGUUGGUCUCAAAAUUUCACCCCAAAAUUCACACAAACACACACUUAACUUUUAAUAAAAAAAAAUUCAUUCAAUAAGUUUAAAAAGUAAUUAAAAAAAAAUACAAUAAAAAUAUUUAUAAAAAAAAAUAAUUUAAAUUUAAUUGAUAUGUUU